AGCAGCUGAGACUUUUCCUAUCCUCACUCCCGUAGCUUUCCUCUUCCUCCCACCCCGAUCGAUCCCUUCCUCUUUCCCCAACGCUGCUCUCCUGCUCUGCUCUACUCAAGCUCCAAUCCUCUCCUACAGUCCACCACCACCGUGCUCUAUAUCUCCCGUCGUGCAGUAGCUUCGCUUCACCGCCGCGCCUCACCCACCCAACCGCUCCGCCUCUCACGCUCAUCUCGACUCCAUCGCCGUUCCCCUUCUACUCCCGUCGCGUCCCUGCCGUCUCCACCCCGUCCGCGAUCUCGGGCAUCGUUUCUUUCGUGGGGUUGGCUGACGGGAGGAGGGAGAUGAGCCGUGGGAGGUCUCCGGAGCCGCUUGAUUUCUUCAUAUGGACUGUCGAGGACGUCGGCUUGUGGCUUGAAGAGAUAAAUCUUGGUGGCUACAGACAAGUUUUUGAAGAAAAUAGUGUCAAUGGAGAGUAUCUGGAGAGCUUGUCGAUGUUUACUACCGAGCAGAUUCUGCGGUUUAUCAGGCGGUGCCAUAUGAAAUGGGGAGACUUUAUCACAUUGUGCAAAGAGUUGAGGCGCAUUAAAGUUGCCUGCCUGAAAGGGGAGCAAGAAGUCCGGAGGCCAUGGUGGGCACCAUCUUGCCUAUCAGUGGUGUUUGUGAGGGCGGCAAAGCGGAACCGACAGUCCCGAGUUGUCUCCCUGAAGCUGGAACCUUGAUGCUCGCUGGCCGCGCCGGAACACCGCGCCGAGCUAUCCCCCAGAUUCUCUGCCUUACGGGCACUGCAACCGCGCUAUCCCCACAAUGUAGGAGCAGCAGUAUGCUCCGUGUCCAACCCGUUUCUCUACCCCUGUUUUGUAUUCCUUUUUCAUCUUAUAAUAUAGGUUUGUGGAAUAGCAAGUAACCUGAUGUUACCUGAAGUGGAUAAGUAUAUGUGCAGAUGGUUCCUGUAUAAGAUCUGCUUCUUGCAUAUCAGCUUGAGUUGUUCUUGGCUCAAGAAUGGUCUAGAGCAGUAGAUCUUCAUGGCACUGAAAUCGAUGAUGUUCUUAUUUUGUUAAUGCUGGCCAGAACAUCAAUAUGAUAUGGUUGUGGCAUGAAA